ACCUAUAUAUUUGUGUUCUGUGCUGUAGACACUACAUAAAUUAUUGCAACCCUAAUCUCACUUAUUUAUUUUUUACUGAAAACAGAAUCUCCUCACUUGUAUUUGAAAUUAUUUUUACGCUUGAAAUGUAAACACUAAAAUCUCUUAAAUUCCCAAGCAAAUCAGCUGAUAUAUCGGACAGAUUACACUCAUGAAUCGCUUGUAGACACCGCCGUCAUUGAGUUAUCAUUGAAAACAUAACCUCGCUUAUUUAUUUUUAUUUUUUAUUGCUAAUUAAUUAUCUCUCAGUUUCUAUAAAUUAAUAUCUAGACGUUAAAAUGCGGAGCCGAAGCAAUUCGGGGGUGCGCCUGGACUAUUACCAACGUAUAGUGCAUAAAAUUAUCAUGUCCAAACAAAACCCAGUGACUGGCUUAUUCCCUUUAAAUGAGCAUAACAACCAUGCCUGGAUAAGGAACAACGUUUACUGCAUUAUGUCCGUUUGGGGCCUCUCGAUGGCUUACAAGAAAAUGGCCGAUCAGGAUGAAGAUAGGGCCAAGACAUAUGAACUAGAACAAUCCUGCGUUAAACUUAUGAGGGGCCUUCUUAUGGCCAUGAUGCAACAAAAAGACAAAGUAGAAAGAUUCAAGCAAACCCAGAAUCCAUUAGAUUCUUUACAUGCAAAGUACUGCUCUGAAACUGGACAAAUAGUUGUGGGGGAUAAUGAAUGGGGGCACUUGCAAAUAGAUGCGAUCUCCCUGUAUUUGCUUAUUUUGGCUCAAAUGACUGCCUCGGGACUUCAGAUCAUUUUUAACUUAGACGAGGUGUCCUUCAUUCAAAACUUAGUUUUUUAUAUUGAGUGUGCCUACUGCACUCCUGAUUAUGGCAUAUGGGAAAGGGGAGAUAAAUCUAACCAUGGCCUUCCCGAGUUAAAUGCCAGCUCUAUUGGUAUGGCUAAGGCUGCCCUAGAAGCCAUGAAUGAAUUGGACUUAUUUGGGGCCAGGGGUGGCCCCUAUAGCGUUAUACACGUUUUAACUGAUGAGGCCCAAAAGUGUCAAGCUGUUUUGCAGUCAAUGUUGCCUAGGGAAUCCAGUUCAAAAGAAAUAGACAGUGGAUUGUUGUCAGUUAUUGGUUAUCCUGCUUUUGCAGUGGACAAUCCUAACCUCAUAAAUAUUACCAAGGAAACUAUUGUUGAGAAGUUGUUGGGCAGGUAUGGAUGCAAAAGGUUCUUAAGGGAUGGCUAUAAGACCCCUAAAGAGGAUCCUAAUAGGUUAUAUUAUGAACCUUGGGAGUUGAGGAUGUUCGAGAACAUUGAAUGCGAGUGGCCAAUGUUUUAUUGCUAUUUAAUACUGGACGCGUUAUUUUCGGGGGAUAAGGAUAUGGCUAUGGAGUAUAGUGAACGUUUAGAUGAGAUUAUGAUUAAAACCGAGGAUGGUAUUAAAUUGGUACCAGAACUGUAUGCUGUACCGGCAGAAUUGGUGGCGGCAGAAUACAAGGAACCCGGCACCCAAAAUCGAAUACCUUUGGGUCAAAGUCCGUUUUUAUGGGCUCAGUCUUUGUAUAUCAUUAGCAGACUUUUGCAAGAGAACUUUUUGGCACCAGGAGAGUUAGAUCCCCUGAACCGUCGCCUAUGUGCUGAAAAGAAGCCAGACGUGGUAGUUCAGGUGGUCAUUCUGGCCGAGGAUAUUGAAAUUAAGAAUAAACUAGCGGAGCACGACAUUGUGGUCCAAACUGUUGAGGAGGUGGCCCCCAUUGAGGUACAACCCGCCAGGGUUCUAUCGCAUCUUUAUACGUAUUUGGGGCGAAAUAAGAAACUGGGACUUACCGGAAGGAAAUCGAAGGAUGUGGGCAUUUUGUGCACCAGUAAACUGUAUUCGCUUGGCGAUCGAAUAUUCGCCUUUACGCCACAGAAUAUUGACAUGAGCGAGUACUACACGAGUUACGACUUGGCACUUCUCGCUGACAAACUGACCACUCACAUCGCGUUUUUGACCAUCAGCUGGCGAAAUCAGCUCGGGAGACCCACCGUCACCCUUGUGGCCACACGUCAUUACUUAGAAAAUGGCAAAAUUCCUUUGGCAAUGAUCACCACCAUGAAAAAACUGAAAUCCGGCUACAUAAACGGCACCAGAGUGACCCUGGGCCACCUGAGUGAGUUUUUGAACACCAGCUCGAUUACUAAUUUGAGUUUCCUCGGGUGCCACGAAGAUGGCGUGCCGGACAAACUGAACCCGCAAGUUUACCGAUACUUGGAGGAGCAUUUGCAGAAGUCUUUGUCGCACAAAGCGGCUCUUCUCACUCCCACCACCCCGAGGAGGCAUAACAGGCACCUUUUAAAGAGACGGAUGUCCGUUAGGGGGGCCGUGAAGAAAACCAGAUCCAUUAAUGUCGAUGCUUUGAAUUAUUGGACGUGGGACACCCCCCCUGCAAAACCCACUACUCCAAACGCGGAAACGCUUGGGAUGGAAAGCAACGAGACCCUGGAACGUAGAGGCUCGAUUUAUUACUCCUCAAACACCGACACGGUCGAUAACGCGUUGGGUGAUUCUAAGAUCGAAAAACCCGGUACGUCACCCAUUUUGGAGAAAAAACUGGAAAUGCCCGUGGUUACGGUAACGAAACACCGUACUCAGAGCGAGAGUCAACAGUAUGCCGAUACUGAGGUGGAGGAGCUUUUUGCGAUGUUAAGGGAAUCGGAAUCUUUGGACGAGCAGGGGGAUAUUCUUCAGUUCUUAGUGGUGUCCAAAGGGCUGGAUUAUAACACUGAUAUGUUGGAGAAUGGGAAAGUUGUUACUGUUAGGGUGCUAUUAAAAGGUCUAUACGAGAAAGCUUGCCAACAAAAGAUGUGGGGUUUAGUCAGACAUACCGCGGGUAUGUUGGGAAAACGCGUGGAAGAUUUAGCGAAAUCCGUAACCGAUUUACUGGUACGCCAAAAGCAAAUCACCGUGGGAAUGCCGCCGAAUAACGAGCACACCAUUACCGCCCCUUUACCGGAAAGCGAAUUAAGGCUCCUAAUACACGAAGCGUACGGCCAGGACGACAGCACGGCAAUGUUAACCCAAGAACUGCUCGUAUAUUUGGCCAUGUUCAUACGCACCGAACCGCAACUGUUCAUGGAAAUGCUUCGGCUCAGAAUCGGUCUCAUUAUACAAGUGAUGGCCACCGAACUGUCGAGAACUCUGAUCUGCGACGGAGACGAGGCUUCUGAGCAUUUGCUCAAUCUGAGCCCGUUCGAAAUGAAGAAUCUUUUGUAUCAUAUUAUUAGCGGCAAGGAGUUUGCUAUUAGCAGCGUUGGCCGAGGCAAUUUCUCCAUAAUAAGCAAUAAGUCUAGCAGGAUUAGUAAGAAAAGCCAUAUAAGUCUAGCAACUGAUUCUGCCUCAGAUGACUUAAUAGAACCGGACAGACAGGGUCAGUGGUUGAGAAGACGACGACUAGACGGGGCCCUCAACAGAGUCCCGAGAGACUUUUACCCAAGAGUAUGGAAAGUUCUGGAACGAUGUCACGGUAUUGAUAUAGCGGGCAAAGUGCUGCCGCAAUGUUUGACCCAAGAAAUGACCCCAGGGGAACUAAAGUUCGCCUUGGCAGUCGAAACCGUUUUAAAUACCAUACCGCAGCCGGAAUAUCGACAGUUGAUCGUUGAGGCCCUCAUGGUUUUAACGUUGGUCACCGAGUAUAACGUGGCGCCGUUUUUAGGGGGAGUGUUGCAGAUCGAGUAUUUGGUGCAUAGGGCUAAUGAGUUGUUUUUGCAAGAUCAGAUGUCUUGCAAUGGGGAUGCAACCCUUUGCUGUGCAAAACCGAAGGACCAACGCGAAACCACCAAUACAGGAAGUCUGUUGUGCGGGGGUGCGGCCUACAUCUGUCAACAUUUCUACGAUAGCGCCCCCAGCGGUUCUUACGGUACCAUGACGUACCUUACGAGGGCCGUAGCGGUUUAUUUGGAUUGCGUCCCUAAGAGUGGGGAGUUGGAGUGUAGUAUUUGUUAGUUUGGAGUUUUUUUGUUUAAGGUCUUAAGAUAGUUUUUAGCGAUGUAUUAUAUGAUGAACAAGUUUAGUUUUGAGUGCAAAAAGUAAUUUUUAGAUUAUUCUACGUUAGUGCAAUAUUUUGAUUUGUUAUGUCUAGUUUGGGUCAUGAUAAAAUAAUAGAAUCAAAAUCCAAGGCAGGAAUGUAAUUUUAAUUAUGUUAGUAAAUUGUAAUUUUAUUUAGAAAAUAAGAAAUAUAUUAUAUUGAAAAUUA